AUGAGAGCCCGACAACUCCUCACGAUGAUGGUUCUAUACCUCGGGAGCGCAGCAGGCCAAACUUCGACCCUCAGUAUACCUUUCAUGGGGUUCAACUUCGAUGCUGUAGAUGCCUCCGUAGUCACGGUCGAAGACGGACGUACGACUCUCGCCUUGAACUGUCCCCCAGGUUCUGGCUCCACGAAUUGCGGUGUCUAUGCUACUGAGACCGUUGUCACUGGUCCUAGCACAUACAGCCUCGUCCUCACCGACCCUACCGUCCUCUCCUUCACACAAGCCUGCGUCCCCAGCGGUGCAUCGCCUUUCUCGACUUAUAGCUGUCAGGAAUCAGCCGAAGGGACCAAGGUGCAAGACGGUCCCAGCUCUUCGACGACCGUACACACGGACGACGUUACCUAUGCAGCCAUCACUGUCACAGCGGGCGUUAAUUUACUCGCCGGUGGUGCUGCUCCCGCUGCUACUACUACCACCGGUGCUGCCACUACCACUGCUGGUGCUGCUACGACUAGUUCUGGUGCUUCCGCCUGCUCGACAUCAGGCCAGAUCACCGAGUGCUCAGGCGUGACCAUGUCAGCGGGCUCUGGGACGUCCACAGACUCCUCCAUGCCCGCAGCCUCUACCGCGGCUGCGGGAGCAUCGACAGGUUCCAGCACUUCUAACGCCGCUGCAGCGACCGGUUCCUUUGGCCUGAACAAGGCUGUAGGCUUGCUGGCCUUUCCUCUGAUCUUACUUUGA